AAGGAAAAAAAACACACACAUGUUAUAUCUUUUCACAGUUUCAUUACUCCCAUACGUCGCGCUGACCUAGUUUACGUUACUCGGAUCGCUGACGUGUACGGUCUAGAUUAAACUGAAAUCAACUAGAUUCUCCUCGUCGUUAUUAUAUUUAACGACUAAUCUCUCUCUCUCUUGUAUCGUCAUUAUUUUUUGUUCACAAUCUCUCAAGCUCGUCGGCGUCGGGAGAAAAAAAAAAUCUCAAAAUUGGAUCUGGAUUUGAAAAAAAAAAGAAAAGAAAAAGCGAAUAGAUUUAAAAUCUCCGAUCGAGAAUUUGAAUUGGGAAGCUUUUUGAAAAUUCUUAACUUUGAAAUCUCCGUUCUUUUUUUGAAUCACGGAUUAAAACCCUAAUUUCAGUUAUUGAGAUCGUAUUCGAAUGGGGAAAGAUGAGGAUUUGAUUGUGUUGGCGGCGGGUGUAGAGGAUGGAAAGAUCGGGGUGCUGCUUCUGGUAACGCUUCGAUUGAAGAAGUUAAGGGAGACGGCGGAGACGUCGAUGGUGGUGGCGCUGUGACCGGAGGAAGAGGAGGAGGAUUUGACGGCAAUUCUAGGGUUUGGACAAUGAGUGAUUUGGUGAAUAAGUAUCCAGGGUACCGUGGAUACGCGAACUCGGGAUUGUCGAAUUUCGCAUGGGCGCAGGCUGUGCAGAACAAACCGCUGAGUGAAGGUUUGGGGAGGGAGUAUGAAACGAGAGAGAGUGAUAAGAUUGUGAUUGAAGACAGUGAUGAUGAGAAAGAGGAAGGAGAGUUGGAGGAAGGGGAGAUUGAUUUGGACUCUACUGCUACAAGAGUUGAGAUGGAUACUGAAUCUCUUGUUGUUGUUGCUGAUAAAGUGGAAGAUGAUGAUAGGGUUCAGAAGGAGAGGGAUUUAGAGACCAAAGUGAAACUCAUCCGUGAUGUGUUGGAGAGUACCUCGUUGGUCCAAGCACAGAUAGCAUUUGAAGGAGUGUGUUCCAGACUUUUGGGGGCUUUAGAGUCUUUGAGAGAGCUGGUUUCUGAUAAUGAUGAUUUUCCCAAGAGGGAUACUUUGAUGCAACUUUCAUUUGCUUCUCUUCAGACCAUUAACUCUGUGUUUACCUCCAUGAACAAUAUGUCUAAGGAGCUUAAUAAGGACACUAUGUCAAGAUUGCUAUCUCUGGUAAAUGACAAUUGUUCCAGGUUUCUCUCUUCUAACCAGAGAACUGAGAUAGAAGCCAUGAAUCAAAAUUUAAGACGUUCUGCUAUUUCACUUAACGUUGGAGCAAGUAGUGAGGAGAAUGUUAAUCGAAUGACUCAGACAAGUAAUGGUGAUUCGUUUCUUGCAAAAAAUCUGUCUACAGAAGGUACGCGUAGGGGAGCCUUCUACGCAAGGAGCAGGCUGCCUCUGCUAGACCUUCAUAAGGACCAUGAUGCAGACAGCCUUCCAUCGCCUACAAGGGAAACGACACCAAGUUUACCCGUAAAUGGUCGCCAUAUGAUGGUUAGACCAGGUUUCCCCUUUGGUAAAGAGGGCCAAACGACUGAAGGUGCCAAAGUACAUCAUCCAUAUGAGAGUGAGGCCCUUAAAGCAGUUUCGAAUUACCAGAAAAAGUUUGGCGUUAAUUCAACAUUUAAAACGGAUGACCUUCCAAGCCCAACACCGUCAGGAGAACCUAAUGACAGCAAUGGAGGCAUUGGUGGUGAGGUUUCUAGUUCUGUUGUUGCCAGUACAAAGCCGGGGACUUUCAUGACUUAUGGGCAAGACGUUCCUCUACCCUCCAGUUUUAGUUCUAGAAGCAUGCCUGUUGCAAAUACUGUACCUAGCACUGCACCACAUCCUUCGUCCAUUUAUGGUACGUCUGCACCAACUGGUGCAACUCAAGUUCUUGCAUCUGAUCAGACAGUGAAACCUUCUGCAAAGAGUCGAGAUCCAAGACUACGGCUUGCGAAACCUGGUGCCAGCGUAACCAUUAGUCAAGUAGAGCCUUCUGCAGACUUGGUGAACCAAAGAAAGCAAAAAGCCACCAGUGAACUUUUUAUUGAUGGGCCUGCAUGGAAAAAGAAAAAAGAGUGGAAUAUAGAUGCGCAAAAGGUUACUGGUAUUGGUGGCUGGCUAGAAGAUAGAGAAUCAUCAGGGCACCAAAAACUGGAAUCCAAGCCCAGGCUGAUUGAGACCGGAAUAACAUCUAUGGCAACAAGUGUUAAUGCCGACGAAUACUGUCUCUGUGAUCAGGAAGUACCGACGACUGCUUCAACUGAAGCACUGUCGUCUCUUUUGAAGGAAUUUGUAGAAAAUCCUACAAUGCUUCAGAAUCUGCCAAAUCCUGCAAUGCUUCUGAAUAUCUUUAAAAUGGGACAAAGGCAAACGGUACAAAAAGCUCCUCAGAAGCCAAUGGAUCCAAGAAGAGCAGCACAACUUCCUGGCUCUUCCGUACCACCGGUGGUAGCUCCACCAGUUAGUAAACCUGCAUCGAAUGCUUUAGCUGCUAAUCUUCACCAGCCAGGAGCGCCUAAGGACGAAUCUGUAAGCAUUCGCAUGAAACCACGUGAUCCUCGCCGAAUCUUGCUUGGUUGUACUCUUCAAAGAGCAGACUCUUGGUAGAGAAACAGUCCACAAGUGAAUGACUCCUCAACUCUCCUGAAGGGUAAGACAGAAGUGUUAGAAAACACCUUCCAGCUUGUUCCACGGCAAAAUAUUAGCCUGAAUGGUACCAGCAACAUGAGAAUGUCUGGUGAACCUGUCAGAGGAAAGACGCCUGAUAUUUCAGCUCACUUCACCAAGAAAAAUGUUACUGACAAACCAUUAGCAAUUACACAUUCAGUAGACCUUAAGACAGACAAAGAUCAGGAGGAGAACGUGUCAGUUUCAGCAGCAUCAGUAACGGCUGCAGCAGGUCCUACUCGUUCUAUGAACAGUUGGGGAGAUGUGGAGCACCUGUUUGAAGGAUAUGAUGACAAGCAGAGAGUCUAUCCAAAAGAGAGAACUCGAAGGUUAGAGGAACAGAAGAAAAUGUUUGGAUCAAAAAAGCUCUCUCUUGUCUUAGAUUUAGACCACACCCUUCUCAACUCAGCUAAGUUUCAUGAGGUUGAAACCGCCCAUGAGGCGAUGUUGAGGAAGAAGGAAGAACAAGAUCGUGACAAACCAUAUAGACAUCUUUUUCGUUUCCCCCACAUGGGAAUGUGGACUAAACUGAGAACGGGGAUUUGGAAUUUUUUGGAGAAGGCUAGCAAGCUGUACGAGUUACAUCUUAACACUAUGGGAAACAAACUGUAUGCUACAGAGAUGGCCACGCUUGAUCCAGAAGGGGUUCUCUUUAAUGGGCGAGUCAUAUCAAAAGGAGAUGAUGGGAUCUUGAUGAGAUGAACGAAGUACCCAAGAGCAAAAGAUUUAGAAGGAGUUAUGGGCAUGGAAUCGUCUGUUGUGAUCAUAGACGACUCUGUCCGAGUGUGGCCUCAUAACAAAAUGAACUUAAUAGUUGUUGAAAGAUAUACUUAUUUCCCUUGCAGUAGACGGCAGUUUGGGCUUCUUGGUCCUUCUCUUCUUGAGGUAGAUUUCGAUGAGCGACCUGAGGAAGGCACAUUGGCAUCUACAUUAGCGGUUAUUGAGAGAAUACAUAAAAUUUUCUUCUCUCACACUUCACUAGACGAAGCAGAUGUGAGGAAUUUAGCUUCCGAGCAACGAAAGAUCUUGGCUGGUUGUCGGAUUGUGUUUAGUCGGAUAUUUCCAGUGGGUGAAGCCAACCCGCAGUUGCAUCCCUUGUGGCAGACUGCUGAGCAGUUUGGUGCUGUCUGCACAACACAGGCUGAUGAACAUAUUACUCAUGUUGUCACAAACUCUCUCGGAACUGACAAGGUGAACUGGGCACUAAGCAAGGGUAAAUUUGUUGUUCAUCCUGGCUGGGUGGAAGCAUCAGCGUUUCUGUACCAAAGAGCAAACGAAAGCAAUUUUGCCAUCAAACCUUAAAUACCAAAAUGCAUUUCCCGCCUGCUAAAUAUCAUCAUCCCCCACCAUAUCAUCCAAUUUGUUAUGGCCUGAAAACCCAAUAGGUCAUAUCGGUUUAUUAGGCAAAGGCCCGGUGGGUACACAUAUGCAUUCAUUUGCCCCAGCAAGUGGCAGUUUUCAUUAAAAUGCGGGGGAGGGGGGUGGGGAGAUUUAACAAAACCGAAACUUCAACUUGUGUCUACUAACUUUGGGGGGUGGGGGGAGGGUGAAGGGGAAAUGAUCAGUCUCUGGUUAUGAAAAAUAUUAAACCAGAGAGACCCAGUAGAAAAGUGAUGAUGGGUCAGGAUCAUGUUCAAUUUUGGUCCUCCCCUGUUGAAUGUUGUUGAUUCAUGACGAGUCAGGUUCGGUUGUUGUGCUAUGUAUGCUCUUGUGGGAAGCAAACGUGACAAAAGACAACGGACAAUAAAAUGCUUAGUUAAAUGACUGAAAGAAAGCUUUGAUACCUCCUA